GCGGUUUAUGGCUAAUUCCUGUCAACAGUCUAGAACCAGCUGAGUUCGUAGACUCUCUGGUCCUCUGUCGCCUGUGCUUGUCAGGUCAGCUCUUCAUAGACAAACUGGAAUCUAGUGUUAUGGAUGAGCCAUGAAGGCCCAAUUGCAAGUCACUGUGCUGUCCGCUAAGCUAAGGGAAAACAAAAAGAACUGGUUUGGUCCCAGUCCAUAUGUGGAGGUAGCUGUAGAUGGCCAGUCAAAGAGAACUGAGAAGUGCAACAACACACACAGUCCUAAAUGGAAGCAGGCCCUCACAGUAAUUGUGACUCCUGUCAGCAAACUUAUUUUUCGUGUUUGGAGUUACCAAACACUAAAGUCAGACUUCCUUCUGGGGAUGGCUACUCUGGACAUUAGUAAGAUUCUUAAAGCCAAUGAUCUGAAAUGUGUUCUUCUGAAUGGAAAUGCAAAACAAAAUGGCAACACCAGCAACAGAUCGAGCAGGGACACUUCUCCAUCCAGUGACUCAGAUGAGUGGGUCAUUGUUCCCAGUGGUCUUGCUGUUAGCAGURCAGGUUCUACCUCGCUGUCUCCGGGGGCCUCCAACCCAUCACGCCCUCCUAGACCUGCCAGACCUCCGCCUUCUAUGCCCCACACACUUGCAUCCUCACCAACUUCUUCCAGUAGUUCUUCCCCCAGUGAGCUGAGUGAAGCGCCAGCCUCCGACGGCUCCUCUCAGGCAUCAGCAAGCGGAUGUCCAGAACAACUGGAUGAAUCAGGUGCACAAGCAGCAGCAGCAGCAGCUUCCUCUCACACGCCAAGUGCUCCCAAACCAGGUGGYGCUAUAACAGCGGCUCCCAGAAUCGCUCCGGUUAACACUGGCCCCUUGCCACCAGGAUGGGAGCAAAGAGUGGACCAGAAUGGACGGGUGUAUUUUGUGGACCACAUUGAGAAAAGGACAACAUGGGACAGGCCUGAGCCUCUGCCUACAGGGUGGGAGCGAAGAGUGGACCCAAUGGGUAGGGUCUAUUAUGUUGAYCACAUAACACGAACUACAACGUGGCAACGACCCACGCAGGAGUCCGUUCGUAACUAUGAAGAAUGGCAGCAUCAGCGCAGCCAGCUCCAGGGAGCGAUGCAGCAGUUUAACCAGAGGUUCAUCUACGGGCUCCAGGAUCAUUUUGCAGCUUCAGCUACUAAAGAGUUUGACCCACUGGGCCCUCUACCGCAUGGCUGGGAAAAGAGAACAGACACCAAUGGCCGAGUAUAUUUUGUUCAUCACCCAACUCGAACGACACAGUGGGAGGACCCGAGGACACAAGGGCUCCUGAAUGACAAACCUUUGCCAGAAGGUUGGGAGAUGAGGUUCACUGUGGAUGGGAUUCCUUACUUCGUAGAUCAUAACAGGAGAACAACAACCUACAUUGACCCCCGCACAGGAAAAUCCUCACUUGAAAAUGGCCCACAGAUAACCUAYGUCAGGGAUUUUAAAGCUAAAGUACAAUAUUUCAGGUUCUGGUGUCAGCAAUUGUCAAUGCCUCAGCAUAUCAAGAUUACUGUGUCAAGAAAAACAUUGUUUGAGGAUUCAUUUCAACAGAUYAUGAGUUUCCACCCUCAAGAUUUAAGGCGGAGACUUUGGAUUAUAUUUCCAGAUGAAGAAGGUCUGGACUAYGGAGGUGUGUCCAGAGAGUGGUUCUUCUUGCUUUCUCAUGAAGUGCUGAAUCCCAUGUAUUGUUUGUUUGAGUAUGCUGGCAAGGACAACUACUGUCUUCAGAUUAACCCGGCGUCCUACAUCAACCCCGAUCACCUCAAAUACUUCAAGUUCAUAGGGCGCUUCAUUGCCAUGGCCUUGUUUCAUGGGAAAUUCAUCGACACGGGUUUCUCGCUGCCUUUCUACAAGCGUAUUCUGAACAAACCGCUGGCUCUCAAAGACUUGGAGUCCAUAGAUCCAGAGUUUUAUAAUUCUCUCAUAUGGAUCAAGGAUAAUAAUAUAGAAGAGUGUGGACUGGAGAUGUUCUUCUCUGUGGACAAGGAGAUCCUGGGCGAGGUCACUACACACGAACUGAAACCAGACGGAGGGAACAUCCAAGUAACCGAGGAAAAUAAGGAGGAAUAUAUCAGACUGGUGGCUGAGUGGAGACUGUCGAGAGGUGUGGAGGAGCAGACACAGGCGUUCUUUGAGGGUUUUAAUGAAGUCCUUCCACAGCAGUACCUUCAGUACUUUGAUGCCAAAGAACUGGAGGUGAUGCUUUGUGGAAUGCAAGAGAUAGAUCUGGUGGACUGGCAGAGAAACACAAUCUACAGACAUUAUGCUCGAAGUAGCAAGCAGAUCCUUUGGUUCUGGCAGUUUGUGAAAGAGAUGGACAAUGAAAAAAGAAUGAGACUCCUGCAGUUUGUUACUGGAACCUGUCGUCUUCCUGUGGGUGGCUUUGCUGACUUAAUGGGAAGCAAUGGCCCACAGAAGUUUUGCAUUGAGAAAGUGGGCAAAGAAAACUGGCUUCCACGAAGCCACACGUGCUUUAAUCGUCUGGACCUUCCUCCUUAUAAGAGCUAUGAGCAGCUGAAGGAGAAACUCAUGUUUGCCAUAGAGGAAACAGAAGGAUUUGGACAGGAGUAACGCAACAAGAGUUUCCCAACAACCUGCAGAGGGAACAAAGAAGUCGUGGCUUUUAAGGAGCCAUAUCUAUUUAAACUAUAAAAGCACUUUUCCAGCAGAUUCUCUCUCCAACAAAAAAGAUGCUCGUAAUCAAGUCUUAAGAGCAUCUUAAAAAAACAAAUCAGUUUUCUCAACAAAUUUAAAUUUUCCACAAGGGACCUGCUGAUUUUCUGCACCAUGUUCUUUUUACCUUUAUGGUGCGUACUUAUCUAAUCCACUUGAUUUCACUGUGCUGCACACAACCCCCACUGGCAACAGAGAGAAAGGAGAUUUCUCUCGUCCCAUCAUGUCUGCACUUGCUGUAUGUUAAGUGUAGUUUCUACACGUAUAACAGAGUCUGUGCAGCAGGCAUUUCCUAAGAAUGUCCUCGUUGAUUUGAUUCACCACUAAAAUGUGAGAAGAAAAACCUGUCUGAACCGUUCACCUUCGACACAAAUACUAGCAUCUAAAAAGAAAAUCUCUUGUGAUUUGGGCUGUCUAAGACAUGUUUCUUUCUGUUGAUGGAAAAUGGAAAUAGUUAAUAUUUUUGUAAUGACUGACAAUAUUGUCUYCUGUAGCAUAUAUGCAUUUUUUUAAUCAACUUAGAUAAUUGUUACGAUUCUUAUUGCAAUAAUGCUUUCUGUUAUUUUUGGCAUAAUUAAUUCUUAGUUUUAUACUGAGUUCAAAAGUUAAACUAGUUUGCACAUGGGUUUUCUGAGUGGUGUGAUUGUUCUUAAGAGAGGCUAUUUUUAUGUGCAAUCGUUUUGUAGAAGACAUUUUUGCCAAUGAUCGAAUCAGACUUUCAGUGCUUUGUUCAGUCAGUUUUUGCUAAGCCUUUGGGAAGACUUAGAAUUCACWGUUUGUUUCAACCCCAAUGUGAAGUACAUAACAUUUAGCAUAUUUUAAAAUGUAUUUGGUGGGAUUGUUUUGGUUAUUAUGUACUUUACAACAUUUUACCUUCCCAUAACAGUCACUGCUGUAUAUACAUUACAAGCUUUUUAGACCAAGAAAGCUCACCUCUUUGUCAGUCAGGGAAAUAGAAACUGUGAUUUUUGAUUUCAUUAAGCUGUUACUGAUGACGUGGGACCUUAAGAAUAUGUGUAGUUGUUAAAGAGGAGUGGUCUGUUAAAUAAUGAACACCUCUUAUUGAAUCGUUGUCAGUUUUGUGCUGGUUGUUAAGUAAGAAAGUGUUUUCCUUAACAAUAGCCCUUAGACUUUGUAGAGCGUGACUUUGUUCGACAGGGCAGACUUCUCGGACUUGAUCUAAAUCCCAUAACUGUCAUGAAAAUGCAAAUUCCUAAAGGUUUCAACGGUUGAUUCAUACARCUUAUGUAAAUACUCUGACAAGGCAUAAAACAGAUCUGUUGAUACAUUUAAAUCACCCAGACAGCGGAGCUCUUUAGGACCUAUGAUUAAGGUUCAGAUCCAUUUCAAGAAACCCUAGUUUUAUAGGGAGGGAUGAUUUUUCUGAUCUGGAUUUUGGUUUCUUUUAGUUGAACCAGACUACUCUAGGAUGUAACAAAUUCAUUUACAAACCUUUUAAGGGAAGUUACCUUUUUAAUAUCACACACACAGUCUUAUAUUUUUGUCUUUUAUUUGACUAACUAACCUUCAUUAUAGAAUUUGUACAUAAGUCCAGCUGUUUAUUUUUAUAUGUCUGUAAUAAGCUGCCAACUUAAAUCUUGCUUAGAAGUUGUUCAUGGUCCCUGGAUUUUAUUUCGCUCUGACAUCUGUGACAUUUGAAAUUAUGAGAAAAUUAAAAAGAUCAGCAUGCAAUUACAAUAGAUUUGUUUCUUAUUCAACAAGAGUUAAACAAGCUUCAUGCGUUUCCUUUUUGAAACAUUUAGAGCAGGACAACAAUGCAAUUUACUCCACAUCAGGUGAUUUAUGGGAGUAGUUAACAACUAAAAUUGCUGCCAGAAAUAAAAUUUGCAUUGACUUCAAUAAUAUGCCUGUUAAUAGAACUGAUUUAUAUUUAUUCUAAAUUGUAUUURUGUGCAUCUGCUUUUGUUGUUUAAUUUAAAAUGAUCUGAAUUCAUAAUGCAAAAAACUUGAGUGACUUAUUUUCAGAGCUUUAAAUGGUGACAAUGUGUACAGGCAGAAUGAUUCAAAYUAUUUUCUACAAUUGUGUGCCCCAUGUGAAAAUGCAAAAAAUAAUAAAAUUGCAAACUUCCCUUUAAUUUCCAUGUAAAUAGAGAAAAAAGCAGAUUAUUGAUUUUACUCGAAUGUACCCACAUAUUUUAAACAUCAUAWUUUGGUUGUACUAACUGACCUGAUCUCUGACUUUGUGCAGCACUCCUUCACAUUCUGAUCUUUUCCCACUUUGUCUUUAACUGCAUCCAGUUCUUCACUUGAUCUUAGAUGUAUUCUUUCACCUUCAUCCAGUUCGAGCACAAGGACUGUUCAGCUACUGCUGUGCAAAGAGAUUAUUUUUAGGGUGGGGGGUUUACUGUUUAAUAUUGUAACAGAUUACAAUUUAUAGCAGCACAUUGACACUUAACUGAUUGAAUUAACCACUUUUUUAAAGCCACACUAUGUCCCUGAUCACAGGGCAGAAAAUUGUACAGAAAUAUGCAAAAGUGUAUUUUARUAGUACAAAUUACAUUGCAACUCAAUGUCCAAUUGUGUAAUCACUGUUUCCCUUUUUUUUCUUAGCUCUAACUUUUGAUAAGUGAAAGUCAGUGGGUGAAUAUUAUUUAUUAAGAACAUGAGUUGUAUGUAUUGUUGACCAGGGUUGAUUGAUGACAAUAAAAAACUAACUAAAUGCUGAAA